AACCCGCCCCCCGCACCCGAAAAAAAAAAAACAGACCAGGGGAUGGGACACGGGAGGGUAGACGGUCGUCUGGACAGGGCGGGUUUCUUGAACCCAACUUCCACCGCAGGAAAGAUCCAAUGCGUUCCCAACGAAGGCGGCUACCAACAAAAUGCCUAUCGAAACACGGAGGUGCGCUUCUUGCGCAAGUAGUUCUAAAGGGAAUCGGAAAAAUACCAAAUCC